AUGUCACUCGUCGGGUGGGAGGCCCGGGUGGAUUAUGUCCGGGUGGACAUAAUCCAAUGCUACGCCCCGACGAACGACAGUGAGGAAGAGGAGAAGGACAACUUCUACAACAGGUUGUCAACCAUCAUACAAGACAGACCAAGGAGAAAUAUCAUAAUUCUAAUGGGAGACUUCAAUGCCAAGAUCGGCAGUGAUAACCCAGGAUAUGAGGAGACCAUGGGGAAACAAGGGCUAGGUGAAAUGAACGAAAACGGUGAGAGAUUCGCCGACCUGUGCGCCGCAAGUAACCUGGUCAUCGGAGGAAGUGUUUUCCACCACAGAAAGAUACACAAGGUAACUUGGGUGUCACCAGACAUGUCAACAGAGAACCAGAUAGACCACAUAUGCAUUGGGAGGAAGUUUCGUCGCUCUCUUCAGGAUGUACGUGUCAAGAGAGGAGCAGAUGUUGCUUCUGACCAUCAUCUACUUGUCGCCCGAUUGAAACUGAAACUUAAGAAGAGUUGGACAGGGGGGCUUAGCCAACGCCAGCGAUACAAUACUGCCGCACUGAAAGACACCAGGAAGCAAGAAGAGUUCAAGGUCACUCUCUCCAACAAGUUUCAGGCCUUAGGGGAACUGCUUGGAGAAGAGACGACAGAGCAAAAGUGGCAGAAAGUAAAAGUAGCAGUGACAUCAACAUGCCAAGAAGUACUGGGCCCCAAGUCCUACACACACAAGGAGUGGAUAUCAACAGAGACGCUGCAGAGAGUUAAAGAAAGAAGAAAAAAGAAAGAAAAUGUCAACAACAGCAAAACAAGAGCAACAAAGGCAAAAGCACAAGAAGAGUACGCAGAAGCAAAUAGGAACGUCAAAAGAAGUAUUAGAACAGACAAGCGUAACUACUUAGAGGCACUGGCAACAGAGGCAGAGGAGGCAGCUCUCCAUCACAGAACCAAGGAUCUGUAUUCCAUCAGCAAGAGAAUCACAGGAAAGUUUGCCAAACCGGAGAGACCAGUAAGGGACAAGAACGGAGGAACAAUAGCCGAUGACGAAGGGCAGAAAAAGAGGUGGAUUGAGCACUUCCAGGAGCUACUGAACAGGCCAGCUCCUGAAAACCCACCGGAGAUACUGCCAGCCACUAGUGAUCUUCCAAUCAAGUGCUACGCACACACGAAGGAAGAAAUACACAGCGCCAUCAAGCAAUUGAAGAACGGCAAGUCUGCAGGUCCCGACAGCAUACCGGCAGAAGCGCUGAAGGCUGACGUCGAUACUUGUGUAGAGCUAUUCUACCCGCUCUUCAUCAAGAUAUGGGAAGAAGAAGAGAUACCAGCAGAGUGGAAAGAGGGAUAUCUCAUCAAGCUCCCAAAGAAAGGUGACCUCAGUUCAUGCUCCAACUACAGGGGAAUAACGCUGUUGUCCAUACCAGGAAAAGUGUUUAACCGCAUCCUGCUGAACCGAAUGAAAGACGCAGUGGACCCGCAUCUCCGUGACCAACAAGCCGGCUUCCGAAAAGAGAGAUCGUGCACGGACCAGAUCGCAACCCUGCGCAUCAUUCUGGAACAAUCCUUGGAAUGGAAUUCGCCCAUGUACGUCAACUUCAUCGACUACGAAAAAGCGUUCGACAGCGUGGACCGGCAAUCCCUAUGGAAACUACUGAGACACUACGGUGUGCCAGAAAAGAUCACCAACAUCAUCAGGAAAUCUUACGAAGGGACGACCUGUAGAAUCGUCCAUGGCAGACAGCCCACUGACGCCUUUGGAGUGAGAACCGGAGUGAGGCAAGGCUGCUUACUCUCACCUUGCCUAUUCUUGCUGGCCAUAGACUGGGUAAUGAAGACGUCGACGAACCAGAUGCGAAAUGGAAUCCAGUGGACACUCUGGGAACAGUUAGAUGAUCUAGACUUUGCUGACGAUUUGGCCCUUCUCUCCCACACCCAUCAACAGAUGCAGGAAAAGACCAGCAGGGUAGCAAACAACUCCGCUAGACUGGGCCUCCACAUCAACAGAGGGAAGAGCAAGGUGUUUAAGAUCAAUGCAUCCAACAACACACCCAUCACAGUCCAAGGCGAAGCGCUGGAGGAGGUAGACAGCUUUACAUAUCUCGGCAGCAUCCUGGAUAAAUAUGGGGGAACGGAUGAAGAUGUCAGAACCCGCAUCGGUAAAGCGCGAACAGCCUUCCAACAGCUGAAGAAUAUCUGGGGAUCCAGCACAAUUAGCAUCACCACCAAGAUCAGGCUCUUCAAUACCAUCGUGAAGCCAAUACUCCUCUAUGGAGCAGAGACCUGGAGAACCACUGUGGUCACCAUAAAGAGAAUCCAGGUCUUCAUUAACUCCUGCCUCAGGAAGAUCCUCAAAAUCCGAUGGCCAGAAAAGAUAUCCAAUGAAGAAUUAUGGACGAAAACGAACCAGCAGCCCGUUGACGAAGCUAUCCUUCAGAGACGCUGGCGAUGGAUAGGUCACACCCUCCGCAAGUCCGCGUCCAGUAUAACUAGACAAUCUCUCACCUGGAAUCCUCAAGGAAAGAGGAAGAGAGGGCGACCUAGAAACACCUGGCGCCGAGAUCUGGACGCAGAUGUCAAGCAGAUGGAAAAGACGUGGGGGCAGCUGGAGAGACUCGCCCAGAACCGAGAUGCCUGGAGGAAGCUGGUCGGCGGCCUAUGUCCCAAACGGGACCACAGGCGAAGAUGA